UCUCUCGUGAUACCUACAACACGAACGCACACGUACGGCGCACACCAUGGUGAAGGAAACCACCGAAGCGCACGGCGGCGAGGUGACCAUCAUGUCUGCGACGACGGUGGAGCCGGCGCUGCCGCUGCAGCAGCACCGUCUGCCGCUGUCUAACCUGGACCUCCUCCUGCCGCCCAUCGACGUCGGCGUCUUCUUCUGCUACCUCCACCCGGCGCCCACCGCGGCCGCCCUCAAGGAGGCGCUCGCCAAGGUGCUGGUGGCGUACUACCCGCUCGCGGGAGAGGUUGUGGCCAACGGUGACGGCGAGCCGGAGCUGCUGUGCAACUGCCGCGGCGUCGACUUCACCGAGGCUAGCGCCGGCGACACCGAGCUGCGGGAGCUUCGGCUGGGCAUUGUGGACGAGGGCGUCGACAAGCUUGUUCCCUCCAAGAAGGCCGGCGUCAUAUCUGUUCAGGUCACAAAGUUUAAGUGCGGCGGCGCCGUCGUCGGCUGCACUUUCGACCACCGGGUCUGCGACGCCUACUCCUUCAACAUGUUCCUCGUCGCAUGGGCGGCCACGUCCCGUGGUGGCUCCGUACCACCGGCACCGACCUUCCGCCGCUCCCUAGUGUCCCCGCGCGACCCAUCGCCGCGUACGUAUGCCACCAACGCCCUGAUCGACCGCCUUUUCUCCCCUCUUAGCUCAGCGUCGCCACCCCCUCCGGCCACCGUUGCCGCCACCGCUGUCAACCGCAUCUACCGUAUAGCCGCUGCCGACGUCGCGGCGCUGCAGGUCACGGCCGGGCCAGGACGCACGAAGCUUGAGGCAUUCACGGCUCACCUGUGGCAACUCUGCUCUAUGUCGGGCUCAGCACAUCAGCGUCUGUGCUGCAUGGGCAUGGUCGUGGACGGGCGCGCCCGCAUGUCACCGGACGGCGCCAUGAAGGCCUACUUCGGUAACGUGCUGACCAUAACUUACGGUGUCAACAGCAUCGACGACCUUCGUCGUCGCAUGGCGCUCGCCGACGUGGCGGACGACGUGCACCGGUGGGUGCGUGAGGCCGCGACGGACGAGCACUUCCGGGGCUUGAUCGACUGGGUGGAGGCGCUGCGGCCCAAACCGGCCGCGGCCAGGGCGUACCUGGGCGGCACCGGCGGCACCAAGGCGACGGCGUGCAUCGUGUCGUCGGGCAUGGGUUUUCCGGUCCGGGAGAUCAACUUUGGGACGGGCCUGCCGGCGUUCGCUUCGUACCACUUCCCGUGGCCCGCCGGCGCGGCAUACGUGAUGCCGAUGCCGAGUGCGCGCGACGACGGGGAAUGGGUGGUGUACGUGCAUGCAGCGCCGGAGCUGGUGAAGGUGAUGGAGGAGGAGCCGACUGUUUUCAAAGUUCUCGAGAACAGCUACGUGUUCGGAUGAAGGACAGUUGUGGUGCCUGUUAUUUAGAGUUUGUGUACGUACGUACGUACUGUAAUACCACCAACUAGAUCGUUGCUGGUAUAUAUAUAUACCCCAGAUAAUUUAUCUCUCUCUCUGUGUGUGUGUGUGUGUGUGUGUGUGUGUGUGUGUGUGUGUGUGUGUGUGUGUGUGUGUGUGUAAAAGUUGUUGCUCUACAAGGCAUUUUGUGUGUAAAAAUAAUGUAAAAACGUGUGAUUGCUAACUAGGUAUUUAAGUGUCAUCUAUUUUGACACACUAUAGCUAGUUAACUUGCUCCAUCAGAUGUGAUCGAUCAUCGAAUCGAAUAUAAGAGUGAUAAAAUAGAGGAUUUGGUCA